GCACGAACUCCUCCCGGUUGUAGACGUAUCUCUCCACGUAGCGCUGCGUCCCGUUAAACGCGUAGCACUCCAUCCGACACUGGAACAGACCCUUCCAGGAUUCUUUUUACCCAGCAACAGAGAAUGUCAGCUCUAUUAUGUCUCUGAUUGGUUGAGCCCAGCUAUGCUGACUCCUUUCCAUCCCUUUUGGCUAUUUUCAAGUGUUAGAAGCCCAUAGUUUCAGAGCUCUUGUCUGCCCCAACCCAGCAUCAGUUCCUCACCAUUGCUUCUGUGCUCACAGUCAUCAGUUGUAGACUCCACAACGUGUACCCUGAAGAAAGAAUGACCCAGACUAGAGUUGUGAUCCUGAGAGUCUUCUCCUUGACUUUCCUGCUGAGUCUCCAAGGAGCUGAGGCCAUCAAGGCGGACCAUGUGUCAACUUAUGCCAUAUUUGCACAGACAUUUAGGCCAUCAGGGGAGUUUAUGUUUGAGUUUGAUGAAGAUGAGAUGUUCUACGUGGAUCUGGACAAGAAGGAGACGGUCUGGCAUCUGGAGGAGUUUGGCCGAGCCUUUUCCUUUGAGGCUCAGGGCGGGCUGGCUAACAUCGCUAUAGCGAACACCAACUUGAAUAUCCUGAUCCAGCGUUCCAACCAUACCCAGGCCACCAGCGAGCCCCCUGAGGUGACCGUGUUUCCCAAGGAGCCUGUGGAGCUGGGCCAACCCAACACCCUCAUCUGCCACAUUGACAAGUUCUUCCCGCCGGUGCUCAAUGUCACGUGGCUGCGCAAUGGGCAGCCGGUCACUGAAGGUGUCUCUGAGACCAUCUUCCUGCCUAGAACAGAUUACAGCUUCCACAAGUUCCACUACUUGACCUUCAUGCCCUUGACUGACGAUGUCUAUGACUGCAAAGUGGAACACUGGGGCCUGGACGAGCCAUUCCUUGGGCACUGGGAGGCCCAGGAGCGUAUUGAUAUGCCUGAGACGAUGGAGACUGUGCUCUGUGCCCUGGGCCUGCUGCUGGGCCUGGUGGGCAUCAUCGCUGGCACCAUCCUCAUCAUAAAGGCUCUGCAUUCUGGUCGUGACCCCAGAGCCCAGGGGCCCCUGUGACAACAUUCUGGAAAAGAAGAAGACUUGGGAGAGAUCUGAAUUCUAGCUGCACUCCAGUUUUGGCUUCCCGUCUGAAUUCACAUGCUCUCUGCUAUGGCUGACUUAAUUGCUGACCCUUUAAAUUCUGUCCUUAUUUGUGAUCUUAAAGUGCUCAGUCCUUAGUCAAGUUCUCAACAAAUAGAAAGUUAUAAAUAAAUGUUGAUAUUUUUGUAGCACUGGUAUGGAGAUUAUCCCUUUACUGGUCUUCUCAUUCUCUGAUCUCCUUUGAAAAACUCUUCCCUACCCUCUUUCUGAGAUUACCCUGAAACCAAUAA